AUAUUAUGUGAUAAAUGAUUAUGAAUAAAUUAAAAUCAAUUAAUAAAAUAAAACGUACCUAUUUAUAAUAUUGGCAUAUUUUAUAAUAUGUUUAAUCUAUUUAGUCAUUAUUCUAAUGUAACUAUUUAGUUUUUGAUAAUAAUUGUAAAUAAAUCUCUUAUUAAUUCAAACACAAAACUAAAAUGCCCAUUUUGCAAAUUGAUACAAAUUUGUCAAUGACUAAUGUGCCGUUAGAUUUUACAGUAAAGACUUGUGAACUAAUGGCAGAUGAAUUUAAAUCACCAAUAAAAUUUUGUGUUGUGCACAUAAAUCCUGAUCAAGAGAUAUAUUGGUAUGGGUUAGAUGGUCCAUGUGUCUUAGGAACAUUAAAACUAGUACGCGGUUCUGGAAAAAUUAGUCCUGAACAAAAUAUUAGGCAUGCCGAAAAACUUGUAAAACACAUCAGUGAUAAUUUAAAACUAACCAAUAAGAAGUAUAAGCAUAUACAAUUAUUAUUUAUAAAAAUUCAAUGUUUCAAAUGUAUAACUAGAUUCUUAAUUUAUUAUUUCAGUAUAUCAAUAUCAUUUGUCGAACAAGAUGCAGAAAAUGUUACAAUAUUUAAUACUACUGUAUCAAACUUUUUACAAAAUAAAAAUUAAAUAUUAACAACACAGUAUAAAAACAUAA